CACAGGAAGCAGAUUAAUUGGAGAAUCUGCCCUUGCUGACUUAAUUGAUAAUUCAUUGCAAGCUGUAUGGUCUAAUCAUGAGAAUGAGAGGAGAUUAAUCAGUGUGAAGUUGUUCAAGGACAGGAUUAGAAUAUUUGAUUCAGGCCCUGGAAUGGAUGGGAGUGCUGAAAAUUCUAUAGCAAAGUGGGGAAAAAUGGGGGCAUCUCUACACCGGUCAUCAAAAGGAAAGGCCAUAGGAUGCAAACCUCCUUACCUUAAGCCUUGUUUCGGGAUGUUUGGGUAUGGAGGGCCUAUUGCAUCUAUGCAUUUGGGAAGGCGAGCUGUUGUUUCCUCAAAGACAAAAGCAUCGAAGAAAGUGUAUAUAUUACAUCUAGAGAGAGAGGAUUUACUCAGCUGUUCCUCUUCUGACAAAACUUGGAGGACUAGAGGUGGUCUUAGAGACCCCUUGGAUUCUGAAAUUCAAGAAUCACCCCAUGGAAGUUUUACCAAAGUUGAGAUUUUUGAACCAAAAAUGAGGUUUCAAGAAAUAAAGAAACUACAAGGCAAACUGAAAGACAUUUACUUUCCUUACAUUCAGUGUGAUGAAAUAUCUGAAACAGGACGAACGACAAUGCCUACUGAAUUUCAGGUCAAUGAAACUAAUUUGGCUGAAGUCUUGGGAGGAGAAGUGGCGAUUACAAACCUAUUCUCUUGUAAUGGUCCAGACUUCACAUUGCAACUGCGUUUCACUUCAGAUUCUUCAGGAAUAGGAAAUCAAGAAGCAAAUGCUCGCCUUAAAUGUGUUUAUUUUCCAGUUACUCAGGGUAAAGAAAACAUUGAAAGGAUAAUUGAGAACUUAAAGGAUGAUGGUUAUGAGAAGCUAGAGAACUUUGAAAGUUUUAGCCGUGUUACUGUCCGACGCUUGGGUCGCUUGCUUCCAGAUGAUCACUGGAUACUGAUGCUGGUUUCAACCCAACGCGAGCAAAGGUAUGAAUUAUUGGCACUUAUCGUUUUGACAAAUUUAGCGCAUUGCAGUCCUUUUACCGUUGCGCUAAAGAACUUUGGCAACAAAACCCCCGAGAAAGAUGUACAUGUUGAAAUUUACAAGGAUGGAAAUGAGUUGCCUUUUUCACAACUAGAAAAGCAAUAUCAUGAAUGGAUCUUUAAGAUGCAUGAAAAAUAUGAUUUGGAAAUUGAAUCAGGCGACGAUCAACCUACCCUUGUACUAGGCUGUGAGAACAGAAAAGAGCUUGGUACAUCAUCUGAUGGUAAGCAUUGCAAUUUGCAUACAUAUUUAGUGGAGGUUAUUCCUUAUAUCAUUUGUCUUGUUUUGUAUCACACAACUGCUUGA